UAGAAAUAUCAUAAGCCAUAAGGAGAUAUUUUAUUUUGUAUUGAGAAGACAUUCCUCUUUCAAUUUUGACUUUCGAACAGGGCAGGUGGCAUCAUCACCGACUCCUCCAUUCAAAAACCUAGAGAGAGAAACAGCGACGGAGACACUUCUCAAGAAAGUUUAAUAAUUUUACAGUGGGAUUCUUCAUCAACAAAUGUCAAACUUCAACAAGCCAAGAAGUCAGCCAAGGCCUCCAAGAUCCUAUGCUUUAGGAGGUGUGGAUCAUACAGAGCCAAUCAAGAAAAAGAGCUUUGUAAGAAAGAUUGUUUUCGCUUUCAGUCUUGUAGCAUUGUGCAUUUUUAUGCUCAAACAAUCCCCUACUUUCAACAGCCCUAGCCCCUUUUCACGACACGAACCAGGGGUUACUCAUGUUUUGGUAACCGGAGGUGCUGGAUAUAUCGGUUCUCACGCUACAUUACGCCUUCUUAAAGACUCCUAUCGCGUAACCAUAGUGGAUAAUCUAUCGCGUGGAAACAUAGGUGCCGUUAAAGUUCUUCAAGACUUGUUUCCCGAACCUGGGAGACUUCAAUUCAUUUAUGCCGAUUUGGGAGACGCAAAAGCCGUAAACAAAAUCUUUUCUGAAAACGCAUUCGAUGCAGUGAUGCAUUUUGCAGCGGUUGCGUAUGUUGGAGAAAGUACCCUUGAUCCACUAAAGUAUUAUCACAAUAUUACAUCAAAUACGCUGGUAGUAUUGGAGGCUAUGGCGACACAUAACGUUAAUACUCUGAUUUAUUCUAGCACAUGUGCUACUUACGGAGAGCCUGAAAAGAUGCCGAUUACAGAAGAAACUCCUCAGCACCCGAUUAAUCCCUACGGUAAAGCCAAAAAGAUGUCAGAAGAUAUCAUUCAGGAUUUCCAUAAAAACUCCGACAUGGCCGUCAUGAUUUUAAGAUACUUCAAUGUGAUUGGCUCAGAUCCAGAUGGAAGAUUAGGUGAAGCACCGAGGCCCGAAUUACGUGAACAUGGAAGAAUAUCGGGUGCGUGCUUUGAUGCAGCCCGUGGGAUUACCAAGGGGCUAAAGGUUCGAGGAACAGACUAUAAAACGUCAGAUGGGACUUGCAUACGGGACUAUAUCGAUGUUACCGAUUUAGUUGAUGCUCAUGUAAAAGCACUCGAAAAUGCCAAACCCGGGAACGUUGGAAUUUAUAAUGUGGGUACAGGAAAAGGUAGAUCAGUUAAAGAAUUUGUGGAAGCCUGUAAGAAGGCAACAGGGGUCUCAAUUAAAGUAGAAUAUCUGCCACGUAGACCCGGUGACUAUGCUGAGGUGUUCAGUGACCCGUCAAAGAUACGCCGAGAACUUAAGUGGUCAGCGCGGUUCACUGAUCUAGAAAAGAGUUUGCGGGUCGCAUGGAAAUGGCAGAAAUCGCAUCAUAAUGGAUACGAGCCCACGAAAGCUUCAUUUUAACGGUUAAUAUGGAAUUUUGCUGAAGAAUAUGGAUUGAAGAUGGUGGAAAAUUGAAGAUUUAAUUGAUUUUGGGCCGGUUUGAUAAUCAGGUUUAUUAUGAGAAUAGGGGUUGAGGUUUAGGGUAUUAUAUAUGAUUAUUUCCCACAUUUGGGUGGGGUUGUUUGUACCGAUCGGUUUACAUGUAACAGCAAACUGGUUAUUAAAGAGAUCUGAGAAAUAAUGCCUUAUAUUGUAUGUGUA